AAGAGCAGGUUGGUCGCCACACAAACGCCAUCGCAAUGUCGAUCUCUGACCGCCUUCCCGAUUACCCGGUCAGCUCGGAUUUGGUGAGGAGACUGAAGUCGGCCCUGGACGCCGAGGACGAGGAGCGGGUGAGCGACUUGAUCCGCUCCGAGGUUCGGCACGUGGACGCUGUGAUCGAGCUGGCCAACGACGACUGGAUGAAGGACCCCGCGGCCCGGCUGCCCCCCGCAGCGCUCCUAGGUGCUGAAGACCUGCGCGCCAGCCCCCACGGUCAUCGAAGUCCUUUUCAACUCCUACGCUCAGCUCCGCUGUCGGAGUCCUGGAAGGAGCUGAUUCCUGAAGAUGUGUUGCAGAUGCACCAGCCCUUCUACCGGUCCCUCUUCGCCUUGGCCCACACCCCGCGCUGCCUGCAGCAUCUCUGCCGCUGUGCCAUCCGGAAAACGUUUGGCCGAAAGUGCUUUGACCUUGUGCCCCUGUUGUCCUUGCCGAAGUCUCUGCAAAAUUACCUCCUUCUCGAGCCAGAGGGUGUUUUGCACUGAAACUCACGGCACUUGGACCAAGAUGCUUGUGCUCGUCCGUGGAGGCUGGGUGGCAGGUCAGGAGGGGCCCAGAUGGGACUGCCCACCCCAGCCCCAGCCCAGGGCACAGACUCCUCGCCCAGCGUCAGGCUCCCCUGGGAACCGGGUGGGUGAUGAACGCCCUCUCCGCCUCUCAGGGCUGCUUGUGGGGACUGAAACUGAGGACCAUGGGACUCGUAUCAGGAGGCGCUUUCAACAGAAGUUGAACUAGAAGGCACAUCUGUUUUUCUGAGGCCUGUCUCCGGCCCACAGCAGAUUCGCAGCAUUCAUGCACCCCGCUUCAGACCCUCUGCCUCAUGGGAACCAUCCCACCCCGCCUAGAGCCCAGCCCUCCAGGAAGACUCUGUCCCCAAAACAUACAUACGGACGUACAUACGGAGAGAGGACGCCCACUCCCGUAACGGGGGCCCCUUCCCCGGAGCCCACUGCCGCUCCCAAGCCCACCACAGUCGGAGCGCCCUCGGAGGACCUUGGAGGGGCGGUGAGCCGGACGUGCUGAUCCCACGUGCGUCUUCUGUUCCACGUCCUCCCCAGCCACGCGGUCCAGCCGUGAGGAACAGCCCAGGGAGCCAGACGCUGGGAACGCACACAGGGUGACAGCUGAGCCCAAGCGUUCACAGAGGAGGUGGUUCUGACAGCCUUGGGCUGUGCUGACCAUGACCUUUCUUUUCUGUGUUCGGGUGUUUUGACAUCUGGGGCCUUUCAGACCCUGGAGGGAUGGCCCCUCCCAGGAUGAACCAAUUCCUAGAGACAGGAAUCAACUUGCCCCCAAAUACUCCUGAACCAGUCCCGAGCUCACACCCCAGCACCUCCCCGGAGCUCCAGCCGCAUCCCCCGGGGCCGGUGCCAGACGCCUGGGGCAGCCCCUCUACUCGGAGCCCAGCCGUGCCAGGCCUAAGCCCGCAGGCGCUGCCUCGCCCAUUCCUUCCAGGGAAGCCACAGCUGAGGCUCCUGCCCCCAGCCGCUCCCCCUCCCCCGGACUAUCCCUGGUGCUGCCCCAGGUGGCGUGCCCCUUUCCUGGGGAUGGUGGGUAAUAAACUCUGUCUUCAUUGGUGACUGUCUCCUACUCUGUUGGCCUUUCUAGAUCUCAAAUUUUCGGUUAAAUGCUGUUUUUAAAACAAGGACUCUUAAUGGCCAUCAUCCGAAUGGCUCCGCUGUUUCCAGUUUGAGCCAGCGCAAGGACCAGCCUCAGGCCCGGCGGCCCCCCGUCCCACGGUCACAGUCUGGAGCAGGGUUCACACCCAGCAGACAACUGCAGUCUAAGGGGGGAUGUUGUGUGCACUGUGAGCAUAGCCCAGCACGGGGGUGAAGGGGGGCCUGACAGGGCCACCCCUUAAGGGCGAUGUGGUCAGGUUGCAACACAGUGGUUAGGCCGAGGGAGAGACAGGACAGCCUCCCCCAGAGCCUCCAGCCGGCCCACCCCAUCCUGCCCUCUGAGACUGGACAACUUGCCUGACCUGUGUAAACAUGGUUCACGACCCCACACACACCCAGCCCGGCAGAGGGCGCUUUCCCAGCCCCACCUGCAUUCAGGAGCCACCACUGUAUCCAAAGGAAAAGUUGAACAAAGGCAGGGCUGCAGGGAAGGGCAGGGCUGCAGGGAAGGGCACGGCACGAUGGAGGAACAGUGAUGCGUCCUCCUGGAGGGGAGGGUCCCCGUGCUUUGGCAACUGGAAGGAGGCAGGGCUGGAGGAGGUGGGAGGCAGCCCGGGGGCCUUGGCUUCCAGAUGAAGGAUUCUGAACUGAAUCAGACAGGCUGCAAGGAGCCACAGAGCAGGUGAUCAGAUGCGGUCCCAGUGAGACUCUGGGAAGAUUACUUCGUCCUGGAAAGGGAUGCAUUUUGGAGCGUGGGUAGGAGCCCAGGGUAACACCCUGGAGGCGCGGCUUCAGAUCCAGGCUGCCCCACUGAGCAAGAAGAACAGUCACCUGACAGUUUGCUCAGCUGGGCAGUGAAAGCACGUGACCCUCUCUCACUGGCUGGGGUUCAGUGAAAUAAGUCUCGGAAAGCAGCAGGCCUCUCCACUCUGAAGAGGUCUUGUGAAAGGCACAUCUGACACUGGCAUCUGGGGUGGGGCCCCGGAUUCCGUGGCUCUGCAAACUUUACCGUUGCUAAUGAGCUUGGGUGACACCCCUGCCCCUGGCUGGCCGUACUGGGUGCAGAGUGUGCAAAGCCCCAGGCCCAGAGGCAGCCCAGGGAUGGAACGCAGUAAAUGCUUCCUCCUAUCAUUAUGAUUGUUUUAUUAUUAUUAGAAGAAAAUAGCCUAAUGUUGAAAUAAAGACUGUAAAAAUGGGAACGCAAAGCAACGUUAUUUUAUGAGAACAAAUGAGAAAGGCAAAUACAGUAAGAGAUACAGCCAGGCAGCCCCAGACAAGGCCUGUCCUCGCAGGGGUUUGCAAAUGAGCAUCUGAGCAAACUUGCUUGGCAGCCCCAGCCUUUCUUCAACCUCCCCUCUCCAUCCCACCCCCACGUAGGAAAGUUUGGUUGUAUUUCUGCAGUGCACUACAUUUUACAUUUUAAAUAUGUUUUGGAGUUUGGGAACAAAAGAGAACUCUUUUUAAACACACUGAUUUUAUAUUUCUAAAAACCUGAUGAAUAGUGAUCAGUUAUUAUAUUUUCAAACACAUGUUUUCCCCCACGUUACAGCUUAAAAACAACAACAUGAUUCUUACAGUCAGCCCCAGACCACUCCCCAUAGCCACUGAGAUCCUGCCACCAGGGGAGAAUUCUUUUCUGUUAUUUUCACCCCUUAGAAUUUUCUUUUCAAAUUCAGAUUCUCCCAGAAAGAGCUAAUCCACAAAGUUCUUUGGGUAUAAACCAUUCAGUCAUCCAUUCGGUCAUUUGUUCAUUCCUUUCAUCAAUCCUGCCUGAGUCUGCUGGGGACGGAGCCCAGGGUUUGGGAUGAGGACCCACCACCAAGGAGACAGACUGCUAGUGGAGUUCACGGCCAAGCCGAGAAGGCCAACUUGUCAACAAGGCUGCGGGAGAGACGUGGGCGCAUCAGGGGAGGUGUGGAGAGAAAGGGCUCCCUUCUUGGCCACUUACUCUCUGCCUUCAUCUCUGCAUCAAAUGAGGGCUGCCCGUUCCCAAUGCAGGUGAUGGUUUGGGUACUUUGCAGCUUCCCUCAUCGUCACUCUCAUCCUGUGCCCUACAGGCAGCCCUGUGGCUUCCCUAGUGAGCGCCCACUCAGCAGUCUCCCACCAGCCAAUACCAAAUGCCACGCGUCCUGCACCUCCAGUCUGGUGCUCUUGGUCAACAUGGAUUCAUGUGCAGCAGAAACAGAGCAAUGAACUGGACGCCCAAAGACGUCAGGCGUCCUUGCCCUGCCCCCAGCUCAUCAGGAGCAUGACAUCACUUCAUGGCUGCACAGAAUAAGCAGAAAAUAAACUGGCACUGGAAGUUGGUUCUGAAUCACCUGCAUUCUGGUAGCUCUGGAUGCACUAAAUACUGUCCCUGAUUUCUGGCCGUGACAGUACAGGACAAAAAUGGCUUGGAGUUAGUACGGUGGUUUGGCAUUAUCUUCAUCUUUACAUGGGAUGGAAUUAAUUCAUAGGUUUUCAGAAUCUAAUUACAACUAGCAAUUUGCUUUGAUAAGCAAAAAAUAAAAUAACUGUGAAAAAAUUAUGGCAUUAAUGACUGUGUCUAGCUCUGCUCCAUGUGUUAGGAAGUUCUAAAAUGAAGGGGACUUGCAUGGUUCCACGUAGAUAAGAAAGAGAAAGAGGAGAAGGGGCAGGGGAGGGAGGGAGAGAAGUGAGUUGGUUGAGAAAAACAUCCAACACCGCAUUCUACUUUGAAGCUAGAAUUAUUCUGGCUGACUAUUUUUUCCAGUGAACUACAUAUACCCUGGUAUUUCUUUUAUUAAAGGGUACAAAUGUUCUCCAUUCUUCAGCAGCUCCUAUUGAACAUCAUUACUGUUCUCUUUGAGUACAUUACAUAAACUCAAUUCCCUAAGACCUAAACUUUCUUUAAUUUUAAAUGUGGUGUUUAAUGAUGCAUUCACAUGGUCCAAACUUCAGAAGGUAAUAAAAGAGCAGAUGCUGUUUCUACUGAGAAGAACAAAAGACAGCAGAGGACUAUUUUCCCUCCAACUGUACUGAGUAUCUUUGACUGUACAACUUGUCAUCAGAGCGCAGAGAGUUCAAAAAUGCACAGGUGAGGUUCCCUGCCAACAAUGGUCCUGAGGAGGUUCACCCUCUUCUGUCCUGACCUUACCCUGGGCAGGAUGGGGUGUCCACAGCACAGCCAGACAGACACAACCCGCAGCCCCCAGGUAGGCAGUGCACAGAUUAGCACCAUGUGAGCCGUCAUGUUUAAAAUUCUGAAUACAGCAUUGGGCCUCUCUUGUAGUGUACUUUAAAAAUCCAUUUAAUUUUAAGUUACAUAAUAAUCAUCAAUUCAACAUGUUUUGAAGAAAUUCAAAAACCACUGUCUCUUUGAGAAGCAUUUGCUAAUCCUAGUAACGCUGUGCACUCAUCACGUCCUCAGUCUCCAAAAGAAUCCUUACGUUUUCAUGUUGAGGGGGAAGGCUGUUGAACUUUUGCAAAGAACACUUAACCCUCUACAGAAAUGGCAUAAAAUACGGGCUUGGAGAAUGAGCUGGUCCGCUCCAGUGACUGGUCCUGGUGCGGGCAUCUGAGAGGGAGCUUCAGCACUGCAAUUGCAGGUGUUAUUAGCUUGCCAAGUGCUUUUCAUCUCUUAAGGGCUGCCCAAGGACCAAGUGAUAAACCAGGAAUAUUGCAUCUUUUAUUCUAUUAUUUCAAGAAUAAAUGGUUCCUUAGUCAAAUUUUCUGUGUGCACUUGGGAUAUUCAGAGUUUCAACUAGGAUCAAUACAGCGUCUUGUUUUGGGAUUUCAGUACGCCUUUCAAACUCCAGGGCUUGUCUUGAAAUUGCCAGCAUCUUUCCAUUUUAAAGCAAAAAUUCAUCUCAUUAAAUUGCUAAAAUAAGCCUGAGGUAAAAAUUCCUAAGAGCCCAGCGGGAGGAUUGCCAGUAUUGAAACUUAUUUUCAUGGAGUCCUGCAGGUGGCGCCAUAAGCAAACGGUCUUACUCUGCCCAUCAACCUGCUCUUCCCAGGAUUAAAAAAGAAAACAAGAUUAUAGCUCACAUGAUAAAGAUGAGGAGAGUACAAGGAAACUAUAGAAUCGUGACGUAUCAUACAGAAUUGUGCUGCUAUAAUAAAAAAAAUCCGUAAUUAAAAUAUUGAUUAUGGAACUGCCUACUUCCUUUGUAUUAAAUAUGCGCGUUUUAUAGGCAAUGUGUUUAUAAAUAAAUACAAUUUUAAAUUGACUCUUUUAUGAUGCCAUAAUGACAGCCUAUCCUCAUUUGUGUGUUAAACGUGUUCUUUAACAAAAUUAUACAUUCAGUAUUGCAAUGUAACUAGCUGGGGUUUCAGCCUUCAUCUAAUCUUCCAGAAUGGUAUUUCUGCAGUCCUAACAUUCUGCUUAAUCACUCCAAUAAAAAGAGUAGAUUUCUUUGUAAUGCAAUUUGUAAGCAAUAAACAUGAUU